AUGACUCCAAAUGAGGCUAAAGGCAAAGUAAUGAAUGCAGAUCUGAGUCAUAAUCAGGUGGAAGCCGAAAGAAUUGAGAAGGAGUUUGACGUCGGAUCAAGCGUAUUGUACCGUCUCAAAAAGCAGACAUUUGAUAAAGAAGCUGCCCGAUGGAGCAAAGCAGUCUAUAAAAUCGUUGGAAUUGAUGGCUACCGAGUCCAAAUCCGUUCAAGAAAUGGUCAUACCCUCUACAAGGCGUCAAACGAUCUUAAAAUGGUUAACACAGAGACUACAGAUGCUGUUAUUAAUCGUGGCGAUAUUCUUGAAGCUGAGAAGAUCUUGGAUCAUAAGACGACACGGUCUGGGAAGUACAAAUAUCUGAUCAAAUGGCUUGGUAAUGAGCCUGAUUCCUGGGAACCUCAAGAUAAUCUCCGAUUGAUAAAUAAGAAUCGGAAGUCGAUGCUAGAAAAAGAGUACUGGGCAAAAAAAAACACAAAUGAGUCAUAA